AUGAGGAAGAGGCUGCGCCUCCGCCGGGACGCGUCCAUGACGCUGCUCCUCGGUGCCAGCCUGGGCCUCCUACUCUACACGCAGCGUGACGGGGCAGCCCCGACGACCAGCUUGUCGCCAGCGCCAGGACUGGCGACCCAGAGGCCCACCCCCGGGCCUCGCAAGUUCCAGGCUCCCGACGUAGCCCCGCCGGCCUACGAAGGGGACACGCCAGUGCCACCCACGCCCCCGGGCCCUUUUGACUUCGGCCGCUACCUGCGCGCCAAGGACCAGCGGCGCUUCGCGCUGCUCAUCAACCAGCCGCACAAGUGCCGCGGCCCCCAGCCGGAUCUGCUCAUCGCCGUCAAGUCGGUGGCUGCAGACUUCGAGCGGCGCCAGGCCGUGCGCCAGACAUGGGGUGCCGAGGGCCGCGUGCAGGGGGCGCUCGUGCGCCGCGUGUUCUUGCUGGGUGUGCCCCGGGCCGCAGGCACCGACCGCGGGGACUCCGAAGGGCCGAGCACGCCGACUCACUGGCGCGCGCUGCUGAGGGCCGAGAGUCUGGUAUAUGGUGACAUCUUGCUCUGGGCUUUUGACGACACCUUUUUCAACCUGACGCUCAAGGAGAUCCAUUUUCUGAACUGGGCCUCAGCCUUCUGCCCUGAGGCGCGCUUCAUUUUUAAGGGCGACGCUGAUGUGUUUGUGCACUUGGGGAACCUGCUGGAGUUCCUGGCGCCUCGGGAUCCCACCCAGGACUUGCUUGCGGGCGACGUGAUUGUGCAGGCGCGGCCAAUCCGUGCGAGGGCGAGCAAGUACUACAUCCCCGAGGCUGUGUACGGCCUGCCUGCCUAUCCGGCCUACGCGGGCGGAGGGGGCUUCGUGCUCUCCAGGGCCACGCUGCGCCGCCUGGCCGCUGCCUGCGCGCAGGUUGAGCUCUUUCCCAUCGAUGAUGUCUUUCUAGGCAUGUGUCUGCAGCGCCUGCGGCUCACGCCUGAGCCUCACUCCGCUUUCCGUACCUUUGGCAUCUCCCAGCCUUCAGCCGCGCCUCAUCUGCGCACCUUUGACCCCUGCUUCUACCGCGAACUGGUGCUAGUGCACGGGCUCUCCGCCUCUGAUAUUUGGCUCAUGUGGCACCUGCUGCACCGACCACACGGGCCUGUCUGUGCGCAUCCGCAGCCGGUGGCUGCUGUCCCCUUUCAAUGGAGCUCUUAGCCCCAACCUUCUCCUCACUCUGCCUGAAGAUGGAGCCAGAGGGCAGCUUAAAGAGGCUUCCAAUACUGUACCGAUUAUGGGUGUGUGUGUGGCCUUCCCCCAGCCCAUCGUGUGUCUGCUUCUGAAGGAUCCCAGAGAAUGGAGAUGGAGCUUGGCUCCUGCGGGCUCACACUACCAACAGCGGAUCUGGACCCACUGAGAGGGCCC